UCACGAGAAUGUAGCUAUAUCAAAUACAACUUGUCGCUAGCAAGUAGUAGGCACAGUAUUCGUGGCGGUAUUAGGGUCUAUAAUCACCUGCAGGUGCGUUCUGCGGACACGGACUGGCAAUAUGUAGGCAAAUCACAGUAAUUGAAAAGGGGGAAAGACACGUGCGCUGCCGUGCAGCAACGAAGUUACCUUUCGACAAGCGUGAACCUGCAUUUCCACGAGGCGUGAAAAUGACCGCUGCUCACGAAUCCAAAAAAUGUAAUUCCAACAAGGUGAGUGUCCUGCUGAUCGGAGACGAUGAUGUGGUGAUUAAGACUUCAGGGCUGCUCUGGGAAACUCUGCCCAGGUUUGGAGAGAUCCGGGGGGUGAAGCUGGUACCCCUGAGCUCUGUCCCGUUCGUGGACCCCAGCGCCUUCCAGCUGCUCUUCUUCCACCUGAGCAAUGCCAGUGAACGUGCAGAGCUCCACGCUUUCCACCAGCUAAGGGAAAAGAGCAGCGAGCAUUCGGGCGAAGCCGUCUGUGUUCUCGUUGUACCAGAGGGAGGAGGUCCAGAUGUUCCAGCCCAUGUGGCAGACGUUGUGCUGACCCAGCCAGUCACGGCGGAGACGGUGGAGCAGGUCCUGAGAAGGUGCAGCUUCCUGUCAGAGCAAAGUCAAAAUGACAGCUUCUCCUAUGCAAGCCCCAACACCGGGGUAGGACAAAAACACAAACCUGAAGCAGCAGACCAGGCAGAACCAGGAACACCUGCCCAGGAAAGAAGUGGGCGUGAGAGAGAGGCCAGUCCGGAGGGCCCCAGCGCCGAGCUCACCGACGGGGACCUGCAGGCCUUCCUGCACGCCAAGAAGGAGCAAAAUAGGAGGACCCAGAUCAGGGCGUGCUGUGAGCGUCUGCGUGAGCUGCUGCCCUUCAUCCGGUCCCGCACCGACACGGCCUCCACCCUGGAGCUCACCGUCAAGUACAUGGCCUACCUCCGCCAACGCCUGCCCCAGGACGUUCUGGAUAAGGUUGUAACCGCUCUGGAAGAGAACGGGCCCGAGACGUGGUUCAAACCAACUAAAGCCCCUAAAAAACGCAGAGCAACAUGCACGGUGAGAAACAAACCACCAGACGUACCAGCAGCAGAGCCGACCGAUGCAAGUUUUGCUGAUGAUUUUAUUGCAGCGCACGUUUUGGGGAGACACAUUCAGCCCAAGGUGGAGGGCACCCAGCCCAAUAGCGUGCUCCCUUCGGCUGUGCUAACGGGCCAGCCCUUCGACCCGCCCCAGCGUCUGUACUCCGAUUCGGGACAGGCGUCCGUUCCCUUCGGUCCGACGUUCGCGAUGAACCAGGCCUACGGUGAGCAGGCGGCGCUGGACCCCAGCUGCGCCCCGCCCGUGUUCUGGCAGCAAGCUUGCGGCCCAGUGCCGUCCGUGAUGCUGAACCAGAACUUCGUCCCGCAGAUGGUUCACAACCCGUCUCUGACUCGGGCACUGCUUGUGGAAGAGCCUUCCCUUCCUCCGGUUCAGACGUUGCUGGUUGGCCCACAGUUCCUCCCUCCGAUGGGCCUGGACCCAGCAUACCCUCCGCCAGCUCAGCCAAUGAUGAUGAGCCAGACUUUUGCUCCACUGAGACCCCUGGAUGACCUCUGCCCUCUGAAGCUCAACCUGCCGCCCACGUGUGGCACCGCGUCUGGGGGUGUGUCCGUCUGCAGCCCGAACGUGACUGCAGUUGUGUGGGAAGACCCUUUGCUCACGGAGAUCCUUUACGACCCCACCCCCUCCCUGCCCGUCUUAAGCUCCUCCCACAGCACCAUCAGGCUGGAUGACCUCCAGCAGAGCUCCGCCCUCGAGCCCACGUUCUCCUCCUCUCUGUCUGGCCCACCCCAGUGGGAUUUUGGCUAUGAGAACGGGCCAGUGUUUCCCCUUCAGCCGUACCUCCUGGAGAGUACACCCGCGCCCUCCAGCUCCCACCAGAUCCCAGCCCAGAGUGAUCCCGAUCCAGGGUCUGUUGAUCACUUUUUGGGAGAAGUCUCCACCACGCGACUGUACAGUCAGCACUACCCAGGAGCCUCGGAGUUCCAGAUAAAUUAGAAUUCGGGAAAUGCAGUUAAAGUUAAAGAAGAUUGAUGCCAUGCUCAGGAAGGUCCACAGAAAAGUAAUGUUUUAUUUAUUUAUUUAUUUUUAGUAUUUAUUUUAUAA